AUGAAACCUCAUGGUUGUAAUCAAAAAUCUAAAGUCCAGAAUUUUUUUGACACAGAUGCAGACAUCAAGAAUCAGCCAAUGAAUCACAACGAUGGUUGGAUGUCUGCUGGUGGAGAAUCAUGCAGUGCUAAUGAGACUGCCUCAGCUAAUCGUAGACUUUUUAAUGUGCUUAGCUCGAGGGAAGACAAUUUGUUAAAUAACACGCGACCCUUAUAUACAGAUACAGUCACCUUCGUUUAUGUGGACUUGUUUGUGAACUCCAUCACAGAUGUGAUCACCAUCAAGAGAAGACCUCUGCUGUAUAUCAUCAACUUAAUUUUUCCAGUAUUUUGUUUUCUUGUGCUGGAUGUGGCCUCAUUCUUCACAAAUGCAUCUGGAACAGAGAAGCUGGGCUUUAAAGUGACUUUACUGCUGUCCAUAUCUGUGUUACUGCUGAUUCUUAAUGACAAGCUGCCAUCUACUGCCAGUGAAAUGCCACUGAUUGGGAUUUACUGCAUUGGGGUUUUCUCACUUAUUGGCAUAAGUAUUCUGGAGACCAUCUUUGUGAGCAUUCUGAUUGCAAAAGGAAAAGAGACCAAAUCAGUAACACCAACAGAAAGCGGAGUAGAUGUAACCGUUCAACAUGAUGGCGUAAAAUACUUGCAUUACUCUCUAGACACAGUUACUGGUAGAACUGAACAGAUGACAUGUACGCCCGACAUGCUGAAGCAGAUCCUCAUGGAGUUUUGGGUUUUUACUCAGCAACAUCAAGAAAAGGUCUCACCAUGCUGGACCUUAGCAGCAAGAAUUGUAAAUGGGAUAUUUACUGUUCUUUACAUAAUCAUCGUUAUUGGGUUUCUGACCUUUCUGGGCAAGGUUUGGUUUCAAUUUUAAUAUAUUUUUAUACACAGCAAGAAUUGGAGAGUUAACAUUUCAGUGUAAAACAUUUCUGAGCUGAAUUCAACACCCAAAGAGUAAAAUGAACAUAUUUAGAGUAAAUUGUUGUUCAGAGUUGGAGUUACAUUUGAAUCUAGUCAUUUUAC